AGGAGCAGCGGCAGAUAUUGCGAUUGUAGCGGCAACAAAUAGACAUGGCCAGCCAAAGGAUACAGAGCCGGCCAGAAGAAGGACGAAAAGGACGAAGAGUGAGCAGCGCCUGCCGACCGGGAGCCUUGCAUACGGCAUUCAGUAUGCUGGCGUUGAGCUGGAUUAUAAUCUCAGAGUUAUUGCUCAGUGCUCACUGCCUGAAGGACCUGAAGAUAUUCGUACCGGAGGCCGUAUUAAUGGGAAAUGCAGCGACAUUGUCUUGUCAAUACGAUUUGGAGCAGGCGGCGCUAUACGCGGUACGCUGGUACUUUGGACAGGAGGAGUUCUACCGCUACGUUCCCCGCGAGGCCAAGCCCACAUUUGUCUUCGCCGUCGCAGGCAUUAAUGUUGAUCUCGCCAAUUCGGAUGCCACGUCGGUGACGUUGAAGGGUGUCACCCGGGAGUUGAGCGGCAGCUAUCAGUGCGAGGUUUCCGAGGACGCACCGCUCUUCCACACCGAGAUUCGAUCGGCCCACAUGCAGGUGAUUGAGCUGCCCAAAGACGAUCCGGUGAUUCAGGUGGACAAGAAGGUGAUUGGCGUGAACGACAACUUGAAGGCUGUGUGCACAGUGGGUCCUUCGUAUCCGCCGGCCAACAUCUCCUGGAUCAUCAACGGGUUCGAGGUCCGCAGGACGCCGCUGCAGCGCAUCUCGCAGAACACCCACGAGGGCUCCACCACGUACUCCUCGCUGGAAAUCUACGCGAACAGCCAGGCGCUGCAGGGCUUCUUCGAGACGAAGUACCAGCACAGCGUGAACCUGCAGUGCGUGGUGACCAUCCGGCACAUGUACCACAAGGUCGUGGCGCAGAGGAUCGGUCUGAAUGCGGCGCCGCCGACGACCAUAUCGCCGAAUCUGCUGGGACUGGAGGGUUCCAAGCGGUAUGCCAACGGAGAUCCUGACAACUCGGCGCUCACAGGCGCCUCGCAGCGCUGCUGCAUUUGCUGCGGAGCCUUUGGCGCGAUUUCGCUGGCGAUUUUCACACUGGCCAUGGCGCAUCUGUGACCGCAGCGGGCCGCUUAAAUCCGCCAUGGAAAACGCCAUGCAAAUGCAGCCGGACAAGUCACCUCCAAGGAUGAAACAACAGCGCGAGCUGUGUAAUUAAAAAAUAACAAAACAGAACGAGUGCUUGAUGGCAGAAAAAAACAG